AUGAAUGCGGAACAUCACCUACAACAUCAGCAGCAGCAGCAGCAGCAAUUGCAGCUGCAACAGCAACGACAUCAGCAUCAGCAUCAGCAUCAGCAUCAGCAUCAGCAUCAACAACAACAACAGCAACAGCAUCAGCAGCACGCGAUUCUGCAGAACGUACCGAACACUACUAAUGUUGGCAAUGAACCGCAGGCGUCGCAACCUUUCAACCCUACCAGUACAUCUUCCAAUAAGGACGAUGUUACGGUAAAUUCUGGCGCAAGAGAGCUGCCCAUGCCUUUACAUCAGCAGCAGUAUAUAUAUCCUUAUUAUCAGUAUACUGGUAAUGCCAGUGGCAACAAUAAUGCCGCGGCUGGUAAUAACACAUCCGCGUCUCCGAUCGUGCAUAACAACAGCAACAACAGCAACAACAGUAAUAUCGCUGCUGCUCCUGAUUACACCGCGGUAAACAGUAAUACUAGCAACAACAGCAAUAAUAACAAUAAUAUUCACACCAACCAAUUUGCUGCAGCCGCCAACAUAAAUACAAGCGCUGCAGCGGCUGCUUACUAUACAUUUCCCACUGCAAACAUGCCUAUACCGCAACAGGAUCAGCAAUAUAUGUUCAAUCCUGCCUCUUACAUCGGCCACUACUACUCAGCUGUCAACAACAGUAACAACGGUAAUAAUGCUGCUAACAAUAGUGGGAGCAACCCCCCUCAUCCGGCCCCACCUCCACCUCCACCGCAUCACCAUCACCACCAUCGCAGCAACCCGCACAACAACCUCAACAAUGGUACUGUAAAUAGUAAUAAUGCCCCUCAACAUCACCCUACCAUAAUAACGGACCAAUUCCAGUUUCAGCUCCAACAGAACCAUCCUUCAAACCUGAACCUCAACAUCAACCCAGCUCAACCGCUGCAUCUGCCUCCUGGUUGGAAAAUCAACACUAUGCCGCAGCCGCAUCCCGCAACAACUCCCAACCACCCACCUGCACCGGUUCCUCCUUCAAACUCUGUGGCUCUCAACUCAGUAACCGCUCCAUCAUCUGACCAUAAGUAUAUCCAUCAAUGCCAAUUUUGUGAAAAAUCCUUCAAAAGAAAGUCAUGGUUGAAGAGGCACUUGCUGUCUCAUUCUCAACAAAGACACUUUUUGUGUCCUUGGUGUUUGAGCAGGCAAAAGAGAAAGGAUAAUCUUCUGCAACAUAUGAAACUCAAGCAUACAAACUAUCUAUUAGACGAACUCAAGAAAAACAACAUCAUUUUUAAUUACAAUAACUCUUCCAUCAAUAGUAACAAUAGCAAUAAUAACAAUAGCGCGAGCGGCAGUGGUGGUGGCAGUGCGGCGGCAGCUCCCGAAAAUGAAGACGGAAACAGCUACGAUCCAAACAUCAAGACUUUAAUUAAUGAUGGCGUACUGAACAAGGACGACGUAAAGCGUGUUUUAAACAACCUUAUUGUUAGCCACAACAAAUAG